GCGUUGAGUAACGUUAGGGAAACUUGAACCGAGUUCGAUCAUUGAGAGCCGGGAAGUAUCCGGACAGAGACCUCAUGAAUGGAAAUCGGUACUACAGGAGUGGUUGGGGCGCAGUCCCUGUUCUCCGUGCCUCGGCGGCCCGGCUAUGGCACCAUGGGGAAGCCCAUCCGCCUGCUGGCCAACUGCUUCCAGGUGGAGAUCCCCAAGAUGGACGUCUACCUCUACGAGGUGGACAUCAAGCCUGACAAGUGCCCACGCCGCGUCAACAGGGAGGUGGUGGACUCGAUGGUGGAGCACUUCAAAGUCACCAUCUUUGGGGACCGACGGCCUGUGUACGAUGGGAAGAGGAGCCUGUACACCGCAAACCCCCUCCCGGUGGCAUCCGCAGGAGUGGACCUGGACGUGACUCUGCCGGGGGAGGGGGGUAAGGACCGUCCCUUUAAGGUGUCCAUCAAGUUUGUGUCCCCGGUCAGCUGGCACCUUCUGCAUGAGGUCCUGACGGGUCGAGGGGUGCCAGAACCUCUGGAGCUGGACAAGCCCAUCAACACCAACCCAGUACACGCUGUCGACGUGGUGCUCAGACACCUGCCAUCCAUGACGUAUACGCCAGUGGGUCGCUCCUUCUUCUCCUCGCCCGAGGGUUACGACCACCCUCUGGGGGGCGGUAGAGAGGUGUGGUUCGGCUUCCACCAGUCCGUACGACCUGCCAUGUGGAAGAUGAUGCUCAACAUCGACGUGUCUGCCACUGCCUUCUACAAGGCCCAGCCUGUGAUCCAGUUCAUGUGCGAGGUCCUGGACAUCCACAACAUCGACGAGCAGCCGCGUCCCCUCACAGACUCGCACAGAGUCAAGUUCACCAAAGAGAUCAAAGGUCUGAAAGUGGAGGUGACGCACUGUGGCACCAUGAGGAGGAAGUACCGGGUGUGCAACGUGACCCGCCGGCCCGCCAGCCACCAAACCUUUCCGCUGCAGCUGGAGAACGGUCAGACAGUGGAGCGCACGGUAGCCCAGUACUUCAGAGAGAAGUACAACCUGCAGCUCAAGUACCCCCACCUGCCCUGCCUGCAGGUGGGGCAGGAGCAGAAGCACACCUACCUGCCUCUGGAGGUCUGCAAUAUAGUAGCAGGUCAACGCUGCAUCAAGAAGCUGACAGACAACCAAACAUCUACCAUGAUCAAAGCCACGGCUCGCUCUGCCCCCGACAGACAGGAGGAGAUCAGCAGGCUGGUGCGUAGCGCCAACUACGAGGCGGACCCCUUUGUGCAGGAGUUCCAGUUCCGCGUGCGUGACGAGAUGGCGGAGGUGACGGGCCGCGUCCUGCCCGCCCCCAUGCUGCAGUAUGGUGGCAGGGUGAGCUCUGAGCACUUUAUGAACCGCACAGUGGCCACGCCCAGUCACGGCGUGUGGGACAUGAGGGGGAAGCAGUUCCACACCGGAGUGGAGAUCAAGAUGUGGGCCAUCGCCUGCUUCGCCACCCAGAGACAAUGCAGAGAGGAGAUACUCAAAAGCUUUACCGACCAGCUACGUAAGAUCUCCAAGGACGCGGGCAUGCCCAUCCAGGGUCAGCCGUGCUUCUGCAAGUACGCGCAGGGGGCGGACAGCGUGGAGCCCAUGUUCCGUCACCUGAAGAACACCUACGCCGGCCUGCAGCUCAUCAUCGUCAUCCUGCCCGGCAAGACCCCCGUCUACGCGGAGGUGAAGCGUGUGGGAGACACGCUGCUGGGCAUGGCCACCCAGUGCGUCCAGGUGAAGAACGUGGUGAAGACGAGUCCUCAGACCCUCUCCAACCUCUGCCUCAAGAUCAACGUCAAACUGGGUGGCAUCAACAACAUCCUGGUCCCCCAUCAACGGCCCACAGUGUUUCAGCAGCCAGUCAUCUUCCUGGGUGCCGAUGUCACUCACCCUCCAGCAGGAGACGGCAAGAAACCCUCUAUUGCUGCAGUGGUGGGUAGUAUGGAUGCCCACCCGAGCCGCUACUGUGCCACGGUGCGCGUGCAGCGGCCUCGCCAGGAGAUCAUCCAGGACCUGUCCUCCAUGGUGCGCGAGCUGCUCAUCCAGUUCUACAAGUCCACGCGCUACAAGCCCACGCGCAUCAUCUUCUACCGAGACGGCGUGUCCGAGGGACAGUUCCGACAGGUGCUGUACUACGAGCUGCUGGCCAUCCGCGAGGCGUGCAUCAGCCUGGAGAAGGAGUACCAGCCGGGCAUCACCUACAUCGUGGUGCAGAAACGCCACCACACGCGCCUCUUCUGCGCAGACCGCAACGAGAGGGUGGGCCGGAGUGGCAAUAUUCCUGCUGGUACCACUGUGGACACGGACAUCACACACCCCUACGAAUUUGACUUUUACCUCUGCAGCCAUGCCGGAAUACAGGGUACCAGUCGGCCCUCGCAUUACCACGUGCUGUGGGACGACAACUGCUUCACGGCGGAUGAGUUCCAGCUGCUGACCUACCAGCUGUGCCACACCUACGUGCGCUGCACGCGCUCAGUCUCCAUCCCCGCGCCCGCCUACUACGCUCACCUGGUGGCCUUCCGCGCCCGAUACCACCUGGUGGACAAGGAGCACGACAGUGCGGAGGGCAGCCAUGUAUCAGGUCAGAGUAACGGCCGAGACCCUCAGGCCCUGGCCAAAGCCGUGCAGAUCCACCACGACACGCUACGGACCAUGUACUUCGCCUGAGUGCCCCCACACCUCCUCCUCCUACUCCUCCACCACCACCUCCUCCUCCUACUCCUCCACCACCUCCUCCUCCUACUCCUCCACCUCCACUUCCUCUGCCACCACCCCACCUGACCCAUUACCUCCAACAUCUGACCUCACCGUCUACUCCUCCCUCAACACCCCCACCUCACCCACCCCCUCUUCUCCCCCCUCUCCUCCCCCCUGGCCAUCCGACACACCGCGCAGCAUCAGGUGACAACCUCCGCACCAAAACCUUGUUACCUGAGUAAGAGUCUGACCAAUGGCAGGAUGGCGGGCCUGCAGCCCUACACAGUGCAACCCAGCAGCAACGCUUUUCUCUCUUUUUUGUUUUUCUUUCUUUCUUUUUUUGGCAAGGGAGAGCACUGCACUGUUUAUGCAAUAGAGAAAGCAGCCAGUUCUCAGCCGCCCUCCAUACACCCGUCUCCCUUUCUCUCUCCCUCUCUCUCUUUCUCUCUCCCUCUCCUCCCCUCUUCCUCUCCUUCUCUUGCUCUCACACACACACCCACUCUCUGUGUGGUCUUAUGCAGAGACCCAACCAGACCCCCCCCUCUGCUCUAUUCCUACCGAGUCGGGGUGCUUCUUUCCUCCUGUCUGUCUGGGACUGAUGGCAAAAAAAUGUAUUUCAUUUCAUUUUAAUUUUUAUUUUGCAUUUUUUGUGAGUUGUUGAGUGUCCUUGAGUGAAUAAGACGCGUGCGUGUUGAGUUUGGGGAAGGAGGUAUGUACCGUCAGUAACGGUGGGUGCUGAGUGACGGGUGGUGUUGAUUGUGCUUAAGCUUUUAUUGAGCGUCGUACGAGGUGUCUGUUCUCUGUGCAGCCUCCCCCACACUCUCUCCCUUGUCUGUACCACAGUCGCAACAUGUGUUUCACUUCAGUACUGACGUGAGAACUGUUUUGUAAUCACAUUUACACACCAUUCCCUGGCAACCUCUCUUUUUCCGUCAAGGACACUCUCAAAGUUUCAAAUCAUGACAUCCGGCAGUGCAUGGCUGUCACUUUUAGUACCUAUAUCCCCAUUGCAUGCUGUAAGCAAACUGUUUUCUAGGGGGGGGUUAUUUUAUCUGUGUUUUGGCUGCCGAUUUUUCAAAAUGCCUGGCAUAAUGUGGCCCCUGGGCUGAGUCUUUUAUUUAGUUUGAAUCUAUUAUUUUUCAAUUUAAGAUGAACAUGUGAGAUAAUGACAUGAUGAGGGCAAGAGUACAAACAGUGUCUCGUUUGGUCAGCAUUUGUGACGUGAGACCCCAUUGGCUAAUGUCAACCUUCAGCAGAACACCCACAGACACAAAACAUUCAAACACACACA